UCGUUUUACAGAUACUCAAGGUUAAUGAUGAUUUGCUCAAUGUGCUCACGCAAUGGAAAGGGGCGCUUUUUUACGAAAAUUAUUACAUUCGGAGUUCUUUGGGCACUAGUUAUCUACAGUCUUUACCAGUUUAGAUCUAUUACAAUUGAUGUACCAGUACCACAUUUAAAUAGCAGGCUGCUAUUACAAAAGAGGCUGGAUCCUCUUACCAGGCAUGCUGAAAGUACAACAGAGAGUAAUGAUCUAGAACCAUUCAUAGACAAGAGUCCAAACUUGUCAGAAGAUAUGCUCAUCGAUGACAUACAAAAAAGAAUGCCAAAUCUACCGAUUAUCUAUUGGAAUAAAAACAAAAACAAACCUAUGGGCUCAAACAACACAUGUGCCAGAUUUCCGUCGAUGUUCGAUUUAGAGUUUAACAAUAUUUAUUGGCAGACGCUUCGUACUAGUAAUGGUACCUUCCAACUAUUUGGUGCUUACUUAGAUAAUAGGCCAAACAACAGAUUAGGACCAACCGUCAGAAUUUUAGGUAUGAUUGAUAGAAUAGAAGCUAAUGUGACUACAUAUUGUCAGUUUUGGUUCGAUAAUAAAAAGGAUCCUGUCAUGGCAAAGACGUUUGAAUAUAAGUAUAUUUGGUACAAAAAAUGGGGUAAUUACAAGCAUGGGAUCUAUCAACCGUAUCUUAUUGCUUGUAUACUUCCACCUAAAUUCAAGGAUCAAAUUCCACAAUCUGUUUCGUUAGUAGAAAAACAAUGUGAUAACGCCACUAACAAUUUACGAAUUAUCUACGAGAAACCGAAAGUUAAGAAGGACUUUGCUGUAUGUGUUAAAGGACUAGAUUUUCUUCAUGAAGAUUUGUCAGUACGAUUAGUAGAGUGGAUUGAACUACUAAAUCUCCUCGGAGCUGAUAAAGUCUUUUUUUACGAAUUACAUGUUCAUCCAAACAUCAGUAAGGUUUUGAAACACUAUGAACAGGAAGGAAAGAUACACGUAACUCCCAUAAAUCUUGCUGGUGGUCAACCAAACGCUCCGUCUUUUCAACAUCUUUAUCUUACUAAGAAGACUAAUCAGAAAAGACAAAAUGAACUAAUUCCCUACAAUGACUGCUUCUACAAGCACAUGUAUGAAUACAAAUAUAUUAUUCUUUUGGAUAUCGAUGAAGUGAUAAUGCCAUUGGAGGGAACUACGUGGAAGGGCUUAAUGGACAAAGUUUUACAUAAAGCUUUGAGCACAAACAAAGAAGAAAGAGCGUCAUAUAAUGUAAGAAAUGUAUACUUUUUGGAUGACUUAAUGCAUGACCAUGGAUGGUUUAAAGAUAUACCAAAAUACAUGCACAUGUUACAACACGUCUACCGCACCAAGAACUUCACUAAGCCCGGCCAAUAUGUGAAAUGUUUCCAUAACACGGAUAAAGUAUUGACACUCCAUAAUCACUUCCCGUUAAGUUGUAUUGGAAGCGGUUGCACAAGCUAUGCCAUAGAAACCGUAGAUGCACAACUACAUCACUACAGAGCUGACUGCGUGAAAACCCUCAAGAAAACUUGCGAGGAAUUUAGAAAAACCAGGGUAAUGGACACCACUAUUUGGAAAUUCAAGGACCCGCUCGUAAAUAGAGUUACAAAGACUCUACGUACUUUAGGAUUCUUCGCAAAUAGCGAAACUAAUAGUUCUAUUAGAAAGCGGUGAAAGAUAUAAUGUUUUGAAUGAUCAUUAUUUGAAAAUUGUAUCAGUAGUGUACUGAUACUUAGUGAUAAAAAUGACAAAAAUAUUGAUAUGUUUGUCUAGUUUAAAGAUUUUUAUCCAUUGACGAUUGUCUAUUUGGAUAAUCCAUUUGGUUGCUGGGAUUUUAUUAUUAAAAUGACGGAUUACUGUGUAUAACGUAUGCUUUGUAAAUAUUAGUUAUUUACAAAACAUUACACACACAUAUAUAUUAUAUUAUAUGUCUCAAAGUAAAUUUUUAGUUGGUUCAUCGGUCUGAGAUUUAUAAACCACUUUAUAUUGUUGUUCAAACGUGGCGAAUUACCAUUAUCAAUGAACACUACUUGAUUAUUUAUAACGAUACAUUACUGUCUGCACGACCCAAGGCACGAGGCGAGUGCCGCAAAUCAAGCAAGGGAGAAAUAUGUCAUUUUAUCACGUGUUAUACAUCAAAUACAUAUACACAUUAUGUAGGUAUUUAAUAUUCUUAAUAUUUAUAUAGUUUAUAUUUAUUUGAAAUUAUAAUACUUAACAGUUAUAUUUGAACAGUUUUGAAAGGUAAUUCCUGGUAAGUUUUUGCUUUGACACAUUUUAUUUAACAACAAUAAUUGUGUUUGUACUGUGCAUGUUACCAUGAAAACGGCGAUCAUAUGUAUGGAGAACCCGUGAGAAAAAAUAUUUCUCACUGCAAUGGCCGACUGUUUUCACUGUGUGAGAAAUUGUUCGUUUUGAAUGUAUGUAAGUAGCGAGAGAAGUUGCACAUUGUACAUCAUCCAUAGAAAAAAAUGUUAUUUCAUACUGUAACUCAACAUAAAUAUAUUGGAUAGGUGCACCAGUAUUUACAUACAAGGACUAUUGCACCCAAAAAUAGUAUAAGCAACAAUAACCUUUGUAAUUGUAAACACAAUUAUUUUGUAAUAAUGGGUAAAGCCCGUAUAUAGAAAAAUAAAUAAAUAAAUAUACAUUUACAAUGACACUGGCAUACCUACUUUACAUCUCUGCACAGACAAAAACCAUAUUUACAUUCUCUCUUAAGAAAUCACCUGUUUCUGUUUCACUUUAGUUUAAAAUACCAAAAGCGUAAGGUUGUAAUCGUGUUAAAAAAAAAUAAAGUGUUUAUUAGUAGUGGUAAUUCGCCGAAUUGUUUGUUCAACAAUAAAUUGUUUUAUUAAGCUCAGAUACUGAUAAACCAAAGACAUUCAGACAAAAAUAUUUUAUAUAUACUGUACAAUCCGUUGUUUUGACCCAGCAUAAUGACUUGAUUUUUAAGUUCCUUUUGUUUCAGUUUAUUCUCUGAACGACUGACGACUUAGUGUGGAUAUGUCUAUGAACUUUAAUAAAAACAAUAAUCGAUGUGAGUUAUGUAUACUUAAAUUAAAACAAAGAUAAGUAUCGAUAACGCACACCUGCUCAUAUUAACAAGUUUGCAACCUUUAAUAUAUGUUCCCAAAAAUAUAAUACAAGUCUUAACAAAACAAUUAAGCUAGGAGAUGAUUAUGUAGAUUUUUUUAAAUAAUCUGACAACACAGUAGCUGUAUAUAUAGAUUAAUUAGCAAUAAUACUUUUUUUCUGAAAGCUCGUCGGGCUUCCUUAAUUGUGAGUGAUAUAGUGGGUGCUUGGUUUGAGCGGUACUUCAUCCAGAAGGUUUGGAGUGUUGCUUAAUUUCAAACGUCUUAGUUUAAAACCCAAAUUGGAUGGAUAAGAAGUAGGGUCUUAGGUCUCGAUGACACCAUUAAUCAUACAUAUCGCAGACACAAACAGAGUCAUGAUGUUUUUGGUAAUCUUGAACAUUUUCUAGAUUACGCCAAUAAAAAAUAAAACUUUGCAAAGUGCGUAAAUUUCGACGAACUAAAACCUUCUUUAUUCUUUGAAGCAUGCUCUUUUGGCAUGCCAAAAGAACGGAUAUUGUCAGUUGUCUCUCAACCUUUAGGGGAUCUACUACUUGAACAAAUCUAUUUUAUCCAUUAUUUUUAUAUAAACUUACCAACCAGAAACGGCUUCCUUGUCUAACGCAUCUAAUGAUUUCCUCCAUUGCGCAUAUAAAUGUUCGUCAAAAGUUAGGGAUAUUAUCAGAAACUGCUUUAAAAACAAUAUUGAAAUGUAAAUCAGAAAAAUUAUUUAUUAUAAAAUAAAUUAAGACCACUGCAUCUCUUUUGUAUCAAACCAACUGAAAAGUUUCGUAAAAGAAAUACAUUUUUUUUUCCAAGGGUCUUUUAAUUCCAAGGUUGUUAUUGUCACGGUUGUCCCACUUGUUACUCUUCUAUGGAACUGCACCCCUCCAUGUCGAUAAAUCGUCAUGAUAAAACAAUUGCUAAAAUUAAGCAUCUCAGAUCAAUAGGAUACGAUGUGGUUGAUAGGUGGGAAUGUCAAUUUCGUAAAAUGCUGACGGUCGACAUAAAAUCAUAUACCGAGGAACAUCCUCUUAUGGCUACCUUACCUCUGAAUCCUAGAGAUGCUUUAUACGGUGGUCGUACAGGUAAUACCGUAUAGUAUUACAAGUGUAAAAUAAAACAACUAAAAUUGGCAAAAUUCCUUGGUAACACCCGAAUCAUUUUCAAAAUCUAAUAAGAUAUUAUUUACUAGGUGGUGUGUUCUAAAUUGUGAAGCACAUAUUUCCUGAUUUGCAUCCAAAGUUAUGGCAAUAGGUUAUGGCAUCUAAUCCUCUCUGAAGUUGAUCCCAAACAUGUUCAAUGCAGUUGAGAUCAGGAGACCUCUGGUUUAAUGGCAAAUGAGGAAUACCUUGAUUUUAUCGGGCUUCAACUACAGUGGCAGCCCGGUGCGAAGUUGCAUUAUCAUCAAGAAAAAGAAAGUCUUGACCAACAGCUGCGUGAAAAUGUGGAAUAAUAUUGUUGAUAACUUCAUCCCUUGACAGUACUGGUCAUAUUUCUGUUUCAAAACUAAUAGGUCUUAACUAGAGUAUAAUGCUGCUGCAUUUUCAGAUUGCAAAGAAAUUGAAAAUGUUUAUACAUUUUUACUAAUAGGUCUGUUCGACCAUCAAAAGGAAUUACUCCCCACACUGUAACAGUACCUCCUCGAAAGGGACGAAUUUCUUGGACAGAUCGACGAUUUCUCGGCACUAAUGGAUUGGUCCAAACACGGUUCAUAUUUCGAUGUUCCAGAGCCCAAGAUAGUCUUUGGCGUCUGUGCUCUGCGGUGAGUGGAACUCUUCUUAAAAGACGCCUUGAUCUUAAAUUGAUCUGAGAAAGCCUUCGACGUAGAGUUGCUACUGACAUCGAGUUCUCGUUGCAUUAAAAAACCUAAUCAGGAUUCUACAGGUAUCGAAUGGCGUUCUUCGAGCUAAUAGAGUAAUGCAACGGUCCUGGGCGGGCAUAGUAACUCUCGGCCUUCCAGUUCUGAGCCGUUCCCCAACAUUUGCCUUUUGGUUAAAACGGUUGACUAACCGAGAAACUACACUUUGCGAUACAUUAAAACUCUCACCUACAUCCGCUUGCCUAGCAGCAGCCUUUUUUUUUGGGGAGGUGGGAAUCUUCUUACGACCAUCUGGGAAGGUGUCCCAGGUGUGUCGGAUUCAGUCCGUCCUAUCAUUAUCUUGCCGGGCCGCCUACCGACUAAACCCACCCCCUCUUUCUCCAGCUGACGGGUCUGGAACCGCUCUUAGCGGGAAUCUGACCCGUCGACCUUACUCAUAGCUCCCCUCCGGCACUCCAGGAACCAACCAAAGAAUGGCAGUUGACAGUUACGAGCAACGCCAGUCAUUCAUUCUUUCAUCUAUGCACGCUUUCUCAUCCACCCAUUCAUUCUGAUAUUAAGAUGGGGUAGUCUAUGUAGGUCGGAUGUAAAAGGUCCUUCCCCACCGAUGCCCCACAACGAUACAGAAAAAUAUAACAUAAAAGAAGGAAGAAGAAUGAAAGAGAUGAGAAAAAGAAAAAGAGCAGAGAGAGUAUGAGGGAGAGAAAAGAAGAGAAAAUAAAAGGGAGAGAAACAGAGAAUAGAAAGAAAAUAUAGAGAACAUGAACAGGAAAAAGCGGAAAGUGAAAAUAUAUGUUUAAAGAACGGUAAGAGUUAAAAAUAAUAUUAAAUAGAUUAAUUGAUAAAAUCCGAUGCCUAGCAGCAGCCUGGAUCAUACCAACAGCCAUAUUUUGCGUUUGGAACACCUAACUUCCUUCUUUCCAUAUUUAUAUACUAAAAAACUUCGAAAUGCUAAGGAUUCAGGAAAUGAAGUUCAGUGACACAGAUAAAAAUGUACUGAUAAUUUUUUGUGAAUAAAAAAACGAUUUAAUAGGACUGUUUAUUUCCACUUGAUAUGAAAAUAACCAAAUUUCUUCGACAGCAAAAGUUUUAUUUGAAUGAUACCAAUAUCCUUAACUUUUGACGAGCAGUUUAUUUCUGAUUUAUUGGUUCCUUUGGCCUAAGUCUCUUUAAUCUUAAAUUCCUUUUCGUUUUUCCAAAUAUUUCAGUUGCAGUAUCUGAAAUAACACUAGUCAUAUUUUCUAAAUUUUGUUAUAGUUUCCUUUCUUGUUUCAACUUGUUUUUACUGUUUUUGCUCUGAAUAAACCUUCAUUCUCAUCUUUUACCACCGAUCUAGCCGUUUCAUUGUUUACUCUUAUUAGAGUGUAUUUUGAGAGAUAUAUUACUAUAUUCACCGUUAUUAGGCGUCAAGGCCCUUCGGUAGGGAUCUAUGGAGGAGUAUCACCAAGCCGCAAGCCCUUAUCCCUUGCCGUACCGCUCCUCCAUAGGCCGAUCAGACACCAGUUAUUACAGACUAAGUCGUAGAUUCUAUUGAAUUUUAUACUACCGACGUUGGCUUUUUAUUAAUUUCAUGACCUGGCUGAGGCUCGAACCGUCGAUCGCAAAUCCACUAAACUUGUCGAUCAACUGCGCCUCUUCCAACUGAGCCGUCGUGACCGACGGAUUGAGAGAUAUAUACUUGAGAGUAUUUUAGUGUAUAAUAUUUUAAGAAUUUGUUAAAACAUUUUAGGUAGGUACUUAGGUAUCUGUUCAUCUCUGUUUGAACCCUUUUUUAAUUACAGUUUUACUAGUGGAAAACUAAACUCAAGUGUGAAAACGCCAUUCACUGUAAUUUAAGCCGCUACAUAUAAACAUUUCCAAACUUUUCCAAGUUCUAACAAUCAUAUGAAAUUAUAUUUAUACUUGAAUCAUUUUAAAUUUCUGAAAAAAAUGUCACUUUAUUAAAUAGGUAUUCGAGGUUAGGAACUUGUUUUCUUGUGGCAUGUUUAAGUUAAAUAUUGUAUUUAUGUGGAAUUAAACCACAAUAAUUUUAAUGACAAUUAUUUAAAUUUUAUAUUUAUUUUUGACGUUUCGAUUUCCAAUCCGGAUGUUGUACCCUCGGAUUGACAUCACUAAUUAUUGUGUAUUUACAUAGUCAAUUGUAUGUAUUCCCGACCUUCUAUUAUCUCAUUAAUGUUGCUAUAUUCUUAUCGUUGGCUUUCAAUACUGAUAACCAGUUUCUGUAUAUCUGGUGAUCACAAAGAAUUCAUAAAAUACAGUGUGAAAUACAACAAUUUUUAAGUAGGAGAAAUCUCAAGACCACUAAGUGUUAGGAUAAAUGAGCAUCAAUCAUACAUCAAAAACGGAGGAAAUCUGUGGAGAUCUGUCCCAUAUGUGGGACAGAUCCCACAUAUAUGUAAACAGGCCUGCAAAAAGACAGAAAACAAAAAGACAGAAACAGACAGCAAAAAGAGAAAAAACAAAAAAGCAGCCCUCAUCUUAUUUAAUGUCGAAAACUGUAUAGCAAACCCAUCAACACAAUAUAGCAGGCUGAUUAAUUAUUGAUAAAUGUAGAAGAUUAUUAUGUAAUUAAGGUUAAGAUCUAAUUGUUAAAUGUGGUAUUCAAAGAUUAUUUUCAACUGUUUUAUAUCCAUAUCCUCUAUUCUAAAAAUUUCCUAUUUUAUUUGGGAAUAAGCCACAAUUUGAGUUUGAAAUUAAUUUUAUUUGACGUUUCGAUGUCCACUGCGGGAAUCGUUAUCAAAAUAUUAAUAAAUUAAAUACAAUUUAGUUUUAUUGCUUGGUAAAAAAUUCUUCUAAUAAUUUAAUUUUAUCUGACUCAUUCAUAUUCACAACUCGGACAUAUCGAAGUGGACAUCGAAACGUCAAAUAAAAUUAAUUUUAAACUCAAAUUGUGGCUUAUUCCCAAAUAAAAUAGUAAAUUACAUAAGAUGCUACAAGCAAAUAGCUUCAGAAUAAUAAUAACAGUUACAGAGUAAAUUCUAAUCGGUAACCUAAAAUGACAUUCACUUGAGAAUCACUUGAGAAAGGCACUUUGCCGAAACAGCUGUAGUAAUAACAUAGUUGUAAUAAAUUUUGUGGAAGUAUAGAAAAACAAACGUUUUUCAGUAUUUUAUUGUGAGAUAAAAUGAACUUCCAUCAAGUAACGGCCGAAUCCAUCAAUUAUUAAAAUGACAUUAUUUUCUUUAAUAUAAGUAAUUAAAUAAUAAAUGAAAUUUAAAGACCUUCAUACAAUGAUAUUCAAAAGACAAUGAUAUUCAAAAGACAAUUAUAUUCAUAAUAAUAUAUAAAACUAAAUAUUGAAAAUAAAAAUAUAUAGCUUUAAAUUGUUACAAUUUGGAAAACUUUGUAUAUUUAACCCCCGCCGAGCGUGAAUUACUUUGUAGAAUUAUAACAUAGCGAAUUUAUUUUAGUGUGUGAUUUUUUAUAGGUAAUCCUGAAAUUUUAUAUUUUAGUUUUAGAAAAUAAGUAUAUGACAUUUGGUUAUUUGAAUGUUGAAUUCUUCUGUGGUUAUUUGCCUUAUUUUGGUUUUAAAAAGUAAGCUAAAGCUAUAUAUCUGUUUUUGUAUAUACAAUAAAAUGAUUUGUACUAAUAUAAAACUAUUUAUAUUGUUAUGCAUAGCGGUCAGUAGUUUUUUCGUUUUUUUAUACUUUAAAUUUUUGCCAAUUUUUUCAUUAAUUUGCCAUUAUCAUAUAUUUUUUAGGUAUAUACUUUUAAGUAGUUUAAAGAAUUAGUACGUAUAUUAAAAUAUUUAUAAUUUUUUACAUGGAUGUGAUUUUAAUGUGAAUAAAACAUACCUAGAAACCAAUUCUAAUUAUCGAUGUCUUUUUGGUUUAAAUCUUUAUUUCCAAUUUAGUAAGUAUAUUUUAAAUAAUUGAUACUGUUAGGGGAAAAGAUCUGUAAACCUACACUUAUAAGUGAAAUAAAUACGCAAAGUAAAUUUAAUUAAUUAAUCAUUAAUCACAUGGACAAAAAGCAAUAUAAAAAACAGGCAGACAAACAGGAGUAAUUUUAGUCGCACGAAGAAGAAGAGAAGAAGACAAAUAAAACAAAUAUUUAUUAGAAUAUGUGUCAAAUUAUAAUGACACCUAAAUUUUGUGGUUUUAUUAUACAGUACGUAAAUCGUUCAGCUGGACACAGGGAAUAUACAUUGAGAGAAUUGUGGCAACUGCGGUAACCUGUGUUAGUUGAAACUUCUGUUCGAGUACGAGAUUUGGUGCAAUAGAGCUGUUGGAAUCAAUAGAAUGAGUGAGUUUUGAAGCAAAGUCGUCCAUAAAUAAAUCAAAAAUUAAAAUAAAAGUUUAUGAUUAAUGAGCUAAAAAUUUCACUUUAAUUUUUAAAACAUUUUUAUUUAAAAUUUAAUUUCAAAACUACACAGUUUUUCCCAUUCCCUUAGGCCAAAAAUAUUUAGCUAUUAUAUUGUCAUAUUUUGACGUUUAUAUGUGUCGGUCGAAAUUAGUUGUCAAUUUUGAGGUUAAUUCCCCUUAAUAUUGUCAUCGAGAGAGCUUAGUAACCACAAUUAUCUAAAUAUAAUACAAUGUAUGUAUAUAUGUAUCUAAAUAUAUACAAUGUAUGUUCCCUAUGUCCAGCUGAACGAUUUACGUACUGUAUAUACUCCCCUUAUUCAUGAUUAUUCUUCUUGUCCAAUUGCAAAGUAAACAACCGUGGUUUUAUUUGAGCUAUCAAUAAAAAGUGGCAGAUACACAGUUCUUUGUUGUUGUUUCCGAUAAUGAUUCUUUAAUAAUAAAGUCCCUUUACACUAAUAAUAAUAAUGUGUCAACACCUAGCCAAUAUUUAUUUGCGUUUCGGCGCAUGCGCAUCUUCAAGGGCACCUGUCUGGUCACGCAGACAGACAACAAUAUAUGCGAUUGAAACAUGAUGGCGGCCACAAGUGAGUCUACAAUUAAAGCAUGUCAAUUACUGCUUCAACACUUUCCCAGAGCAUAUGACAAACAAAAUGUUCUCUUCACCAUAUAAGUUUGCGAUGUUUAUUUCUAGGUAAAUGACAACCUCCAUUUCUUUGAGGAAGUGAAAAAACCCGCCUCAUGUUAUGGCAUGGGCUGGAAUUAUUUCAACUUAUCUGUUUGGGCCAUAUUUUUUUGAAGGCUCCAUAACUUAUCAGUUAUUUAUCUGCAGAUAAUCAAAGAAAGGUUAUUAUUGCAAUCGACAGCUCAGGGCACUGCUGACACUAUUUCUUUUCAACAAGAUGACGCCUCAUCCCAUUUCACUCUCGUUGUUCACAAACGCCUGAAUGAAAUCUUCCCGAACCGAUGGAUUGGACGUGGUUCUCCAAUUUCUCGACCUCCAAGACGUCCAUAUUUGACAGUACCGGACAAUUCAAUGUGGAAUUUCAUUAAAGAGAAGGUUAGAAAUGCAGAUAUGUUUCGAAUGAGGACUUGCGAAACGAAGUGCGCCCAUCUUUUACGUCAGUAACUCCGGACAUGCUGAGAUGGAUGAGUAUACGAACAUGGCGUCAUACCAAGUUGUGUAGCGACAAUGCAGGUAUUUACACCCAUGUUUUAGAUAAAUAAAUAAUUAAUAAAUAACUUACAAACAAAAUUGUGUUAUUUUUUCUCUCUGUUGUAUAAAAAAAAUAAUUCAUUAGUGUAAAGGGACUUUCCGGCCAGCCUAUACAUAUUACAUUUUUACACAUCUUUUUUACAUUAAAUUAAAACGGGAUAGUUCCCGAUAGUUGGCUGUAUACCAUGUAGUUAAAUUACUCUUAACAUCGAAGUAAAAACUCCUUAGUAAUGGUAUAGUUUUAAUUGAAAAUUAAAAUCUUAAAAAAUCUAAUUGAUUGCAUAAAUGUUAAAAUGUUCAAAACGUUUUGUGACCCACCAGUCCAUCCUCAGUGAACUCUUAGACUUGCUUAAUAGUCUUAGAAUCAAACAGAGGUUAGAUUUAAAAUGAAAUUUACAUUGUUAAAUUGUAAAAUUGAUGUUAGUGGCUUAAAGCACGAUGUUAGUGGAUAACUUCCGGGAAUAUGAAGAAUCCCUACACGAACAAAAUUAAUCAUCCAUCUUGGUCUACAAAAAAAAUUGUUACUAUCGAGUUUUUACUUCGAUGUGAGUUAUCUUUAUUUACAUUUGCUCUUUCAUUAAUUAAAAGUGCAUUAUUUAAAAAAAAGGUAGUUUGGAUUGGUUACUAGGUAAGUAAGUUUUACAUCACAAAUAUAACGUUGUUGCUCAAAGUUAAUGGAUUUCAUGUCCCAAGAAGACUUGUAAAGGUGAAAUCUGAUGUAGUGUUAUUGAAACAUUAUUUUCUAAUAAUUGCGUAAGUAAAUUAUAUACAUAUCAACAAUAUUAUGUCAAUUAUAAUGGUGUAUAAUAACGUUUUAUUAACUUCAUGUAUUUAGUGAUAGUAAAUAUUAUACAGGGUAGAACAGUGCACUAAUUGAAAAAUAUUUGUAAGCUCAAUUUUAAAUUGCUUAUAAUUGGAACACAUCAAAUCACAAAUGCAAUUGAAAGUAAACUGAAUAUUUCCUAGUGUUUGAAAUAUGUUCUUAGAUUGCAUUUGGGAUAUCUUCAUUAAAUGUGCAAAAAUAAAUAUUUCUUAUCAUACUGAUCAAAAUUAGGUAGGUAAUGUUAGAAUAUAUUUUUUUAGUAUUUAUGUUCUGGAUAGCAGCAACUAAUAUUUUGCAAUGCCCCAGAUGCAAAAAAGAAUCUAAAGUUCAUUUCAGUGUCAAUUUUUAAAGUCUAAAAAGUAAUUUUGUAAUUUUGCAUGAUUAUGUUUAUAUUAUGCUGUCGAUUUGUGGCAACUGCCGAACAUCCGAAAAUCUAAAAGUAUUUCACUUUUUUAUUUAUUUAUUUCUAUUUGUAUAGUGAUUGCUGUCUUUGACACCUUUCAUUUGUCUCAUAGUCUUUUCGAAGUCGACAUAUUUUUAACACUUGUUUGCAUUAUAGAUUUUAAAACUUUUAUUCUUUAAUAUUUAUUAGUUUAAUACAAUUUGUUUCUUCCAUCUACGUUCUGUUUCUUUUCUUUUAAAUAUUCUUUUGAACUGCAUAGAAAACUGCAUAGUUUUCCUUCACUUGAAUGUGACUUGCCCUGUUAUUUUAGGACAAUCAAUAAUUUUUGUUGCAAUUUUCUACCACAAGAAAUGAUUGCUUUCGGUAAAUAAAAUUCAGGAACGUACUGUUAUGAUAAACGUGUCGAACUCAUUGUCAAGAAAAAGACUAAUUUAUUGUAGGAUGUUCUUUAAAAUGAAUCUCUAGGACUUUCCCAAAUAUCCACUUUAUCCGAAAUUAAUCUGUCCAUGGCAGCUAAAGGUUGUAAUUUUCUCGAAUAAUAGUACAAUUAAAUUGUAAACUAAAUUAUUAUUUACCACUUAGCCUUUGAAUCUAAGGGGUAAAUCUUACGACAUUAAUUAUUUCAGUUCACUGUUCUGCAAUAUAUUGAAUAAAACACAAUGGUUGUAUGUAUCAGCUCAAGUAUGUAUAGAUAGAAAAAUAGUUAAAGUUAUCCUAAGAGGAAUAUUAUUACAUCAAAUAAUACAGCUAGACAGAUGAUCACAAAUCCUUGAAGACUUAUAGCUGAGUUUGCUUUGUUUCUUUUUUGCCUAUAACACGUUUCUUAUACACUUUAGAGACAUAUUGUUUACAUAAAAGUUGUAUCUAUCAAUUAUUUCUAUAUAUUCCAGCUCAAAAACCAACUUUUUGUGGAUGUAAUGGUUCUGCAAUAAAAAAGGUGGUUUACAGAUGAUCAACAACUCAUAUUAUGUGAAUUAACAUAUCCAAGUUCCAUCAGAAAAAAAUAACUGUUAAAUAUAUCACCUGUUAAGUUAUUAUUGAACCAUUGAUAAAACUCUAAUCUUAUUUGAUAAUUUACUGGGAGCAGCACGUAAAAUAUUCGAUAUUAAAAAAAGUUGACAUUGCCAUAAUAUGACAAAUCUGUUUCUUGAGCCACUGCUGAAAUGGUUGUUUCUGGGUUCUGGUCUAUGUAGAACAUGUUUCAACAUUCUGAACAGUGCAUCUGGACAAAUGACGACUUCACUGUUUUAAUUCCAUCUUAACCCUUAAAUACUGACAUGGAUAUUUCAGGACGUAGACUGUGACAUGCGGUAUGUCAUACCGUUGCCUAUUCUCAUUUGUUUCAAUAUGAAUUUGUUUUUUUACAUCAACUACCGAAUGAUUCUUCACACUGCUGUAGAAUAAAAUACUGCUCCAAAUAAAAUAAACUUUAUUUUUUCAAGAAAAUUAUGAACGCAUGAAUAAUAUUAAAAAAAUGGUGCAGGUUCCUACAAAAUCCUGUGUGUGUACUUUGUACGCACGUAAGACGUUAUACUUCUAUUAUAAUAUAAUCUAACUUCAUAUUAUGAUUUCAACGAAAUUAAUAUACCUAUCUACUUUAAACAGUUUUUUGUAUUGUAUUUAAAUAUUAAACUAAUUUUAGAAAGAACAAAAAGAAUACCAAAAAUUAAAAUUAAAAAAAAAAAAGAAAUGACUUUAUCAGGAUUUGAACAGGCGACCUCUCGAUCCCUAGGCGAAUGCUCUACCGAUCAGCUACCACGGCUUUUAUAUUCAGUGGAUCAUUUCUCGGACAUAAUUACAAUCUCGGUGACAGAUACUUUAAAUGAAAAUAAACAUUUUCAAUAAUACUUAUUAGGAGCAAGACAAAUC